GAGUGUGUUGCGGAGGUCCUUGUAAAAACAAGGCGCGUUUCAUUGCGGAGGAUUUUAAUGGUCGGACGAGGGGCCUUGUCCCCCCCUACCCCCCCUCAUUACGGACGGCCCAGAUGGAUCACAGAACAGCCUGAUAACGGUACAGAACCAAUGGAUCGAUUCACACCAGAAUAAGGAUUUUACUGCUUUCUAAACACGUUUCCUUCUCAAGUCAGGGAUUUCGAUGGGCAGCCUAGCCUUCAGCGGCUCUUUGGGAACACUAUCCCGGACACAGUGUUAGCUCUGGACGUCCCUCCCCCUUCCCUCCCUACACUGGAGAAUGGAUGGCCGAGAUUUCGGACCCCCUCGAUCUGUCCAUGUUCCCCCUCCACUGUUGGCCAUGGAGACCCACCGACUCGGAGCUGCUGCUGCAGCCAGGAUGAUCCCUCCCUCGCCGGGACACUUGGCCACAGGGCACCCGGGAAAUCUCCACGUCGGGAAAUUCCUUCCAUCUGUUAUGAACCUUCAUCCACAUCACAGUGAUGCCUUCCCAGCAGCCUCCAGUCCCUUCCUGCCGGGCUAUUCCGGCCCCUCCCCCCUGACCUCUGACCCAGCCUACAGAUCACCCAAUCAGAUGGCUCAGCUCUGGGCUUCACACGCUGCCGCCCACGAAGGCUACGCCCCUCUCCCAGGCGGUCUGUACCCCACCCCCUACCACCUCCCCCUGGGUAACCUGGACCCUCCUCCCCCCUCGCUGGGCUUGGCUCAGCAUCACCACCUCUACAACACACCACACCAAGAGAGGUUCUUCCUGCCGGUGUCGUUACCCCAGCCGCCUCUUCAACCCUCCUCUGUCCCCCCCAGCCCCAUCCCCCCCCUGAGUACCUCCCGGAAGGGGGUCAGGGACCGGGACACACUCUUCCGCGAGGGGAGGGAGAGAGAGGAGCCCCAGGAGGGGAUCAGAGACCGAGACAGACUCUACCGCGAGGGGAGGGAGAGAGAGGAGCCCCAGGAGGGGAUCAGAGACCGAGACAGACUCUACCGCGAGGAGAGGGAGAGAGAGGAGCCCCAGGAAGGGGGCAGAGACCGAGACAGACUCUACCGCGAGGAGAGAGAGAGAGAGGAGCCCCAGGAAGGGGGCAGAGACCGAGACAGACUCUACCGCGAGGACAGAGAGGAGCCUCAGGAGCGGGGCAGCGACAGACUCUACCGCGAGGAGAGAGACAGAGGAGAGAGGGAGCGGUCGAGAGAGGAACCUCGUUCGUACAGUGUGGUAGAUCUGACACAGCAGGAUGGGAGGAGUGGAGAGAGAGAACGCCACAGAGAACGAGAAAGAGAGGCUUUCCUCCACCGCCCGUCUGCUCCUCGUCCCCUCCAGGGCUCCUCCUCUUCUGGACGUUACCCAGAGACUGAUGACGCACCUAUUCGCUCCCCUAACUCCAACCCUAACCCCCACACACACACAGACAGGCUGAGAAAGACUGAAUCUACCUACAGCGGUGGACUCCUCCCUGGCCCCACCUACACUGCACACCGGGAGCCUAUCAGGGAACAGCGUGUGAGCGCGCCCACUUACGUGCCUUCCGUGGAGGUCUAUGAUGAGCGGGUCGGCCCAAUCCAGAUCGCCUCGCAGGCCAGGGACAAACAUGACAAACAGAGAGAGAGGGAGAGAGAACGAGAAAGAGAGAGGGAGAGAGAACGAGAAAGGGAGAGAGAACAAGAAAGAGAGAGGGAGAGAGAAAGAGAGAGGGAGAUCUCCAGGUUUCCUGAAAAGACUCUAUUGGACCGUCGCCCUUCUCUUCCUGGUGAUUUGUCCAAUCAGAGAGAGCGGGAGGAGGGCUCUGUGAUCUGCUCCAACGGUUCGGCUCUGAAACGAGACGGUUACGUCAGCCAAUCAGGGUUCAGCCCGGACCCCAGGGACACGCCAAAACAUGCUGUCCGAUUGGGCCUGGAGCGAGUGGGGGAAGGGCCUAAAUGGAACCCCAUCAGCCCAUUGGCUAACUACGCCACCAGUCAUAUGGCAGCGCUGGCCUCCCAGCACGGACACGCACACUCUCAACACACACACACACACUCCGCACAGCAGACACGCACACACACUCAACCCUCACACCACAACCAGCCGGAACUCAACAGACCCCCAUCCAACCCCCACGCACCCCAAAACAGACACACAAAUUCCCCCCACCCUUCGCCCCAACCCCAGAGAGGAGGAGAGGAGGGACAGAGGCGUUACAUGGACACCUCAGCCCUCUACCCCCCAGUGGUGGGAAGGAGGAGAGGCAGCGGGGGAGGAGGGACUGAUGAGGGAACAGAAGGAGGAGAAGUGUCAGCCAUGCAGAGUCUAAUCAAAUACAGCGGGACUUUCCCACCUGAACGCCGGGUGUCCUCUAGGCAGAACACGGACAACCAAGCCUCGUUCGGAGGCCUGGCGUUCAUGAGACUGGAAGGAGGAGGAGGAGGAGCGGGGGGGAGGCUGAUGAAGAGAGAGGUGGAACGUCCCGACGGCGAGGGGGCGGGGCCAGGUGAGGGUGGGGGAGAGGUCCGUCACCCUCCUGUAGGGAUCGCUGUGGCCGUGGCCAGACAGAGGGACAGUAGCAAUACAGACUCGCAGAGACCUCUAGUGCUGCACGCAGGGGUUAAAGACGAGGAGCGGGGGGACGAGCGAGCCCGUCACCGUGGCGACAGACUGGGGUGCCUGGAGCGCGAGCAGGAGAAGUUGCUCAGAGAGAGUAAGGAGUUGGCAGAGUUCACCCAGAUGCACCCCCCCCUGGCGUCCAGCGCCCUGACCUCCAACCUGAUGACCUCGAACCUGAUGACCUCUAACCUCAUGGUGACUGGAGGCUCCGCCCGCUGGCCCCACGACUCCUCCCCUCUGACCUCUCACCCCUGGAUGCCUCGCCAAGGAGCCCCGCCCAUCUGGCUGUCGGGAUCCCCCUACGGUUUAGGCCCCUCUCCGCUGCACCAGGCCCUCCCUCCCUACCAGCUGGCUAGAGACCCCCAGUCAGGACAGCUGAUGGUUAUAUCCACAGAACACGUCCCACGCUACGGAGGAGAUGUGUUGGAUGGGGGUGGCGCCCCCCUGUGGCCGGCGGUGUACGGAGCGGGAAGUUCCCUGCAACAUGCGGCUCAGCUGCAGAUGUUGUCACAGCAACAGAUGCUGAGGCAACACGAGCUGAUGAUGAUUCAACAACACGCUGCUCAGGUCCUGGAGCUACAGAGGAACGCUCAGCUGAUGGAGCGUCUGAAGGCCAGUGAACAGAGGGCGGAGCUAGAAGAGAAGACCAAUAAGAGGAGUUCCGAGCCCAAACCCCGCCCCUCGCCACGCCCCACUCCCUCCCCUUCCCUCCACUGCCAUAAAACUCCCCUCCGUUCGCCUCCCCCCUCCACCUCCUCCCUCACCCCCCUGUCCUCCCCCAGGCUCAGUCUCCAACACCAGGAGGUCCAGAGAGAGAGGUCUCACCCCUCCUCUCCACUCCCUCGCCCCCCCCCUCCACAGUCUGCCUCCCCCCUGAGACCCUCCUCCCCUCUGAGACCCAAGCAGGAGGGAGAGGAGGAGGAGGAGGGGGGGAGAGAGAGGGGGGAGAAACAGACCCCCGCCCCCUUUCACCGACUCUACACAGAUAUCACCCCUGGUUACCGUUACCAGUCCAUCACCGCUCCGUUCAGCGCCCUCUUCCCCCCUCGCCAUCCAGCAGGGGGUAACACACGCCCCACGGUCUCCUCCCUAGCGCCUCUGCCCCGGGCCACAGCUCCAGACGCGACGCCUCGGGUCCUGGAGCUCCGGCCAGACCAAGGGACCGCUCUGAAGCACGACCCCGCCGAUCGGGAGCCACCCCAGCUGGGCAUGAGUCCUGCAGCCCUGGACCCUUUACUCCGAAUCUCCAGCCCUCCAACCCUCAGUCGAAUAGAGAGAGACGGAGACUCAAGCUUCAAACACACACAUCUCAGCCACACGCACACACAAUUACACACACAUCCCAGCCUUACACACCCACAAUUACACACCAGCAUCGCCACAACUCCCCAGCCCUGUCCUCUGCCACACAAACACACCAGUGUUAGCCUCCCCACAGUCCCCCAGCCCUGUCCUCCUCUACCCCCCACACAGCCACAAGAACAACAGACCGAGGAGGAGGAAGAGGAGGAAGAGGAGGAGGCAGGAGCGGUCAAGAUGGAGGUGUUGACCUACGGCUGCCGUGGAUCCUAUCAGCUUCCGCCAUCCGUCCCGAAAGUGGAGACUAAACCAGAGGUCACAAAGAAGUCGAGCCCCGUUCAUUACCCAUCAUGCACCACGGCAAGCUCCGAGCGACCGACUUUUAGACCCGGCCCCGACACUCACGCGUCCUCUCCUCCUCCCCCUCUCUCUCCCUGCCCUCCCCCUCCCUCCCCUCGAAACGUCGGUAUGAUGACACUGUGGGCUGCCAGUCAGAUGCCCCAGGCUGCCCCACCUGCCCUACCCACCCUGCUCCAGACAGAGGCCUCCUCGCUGGGGAGAGACGUGACCAGUCCUGGGUGUCUGGAGGUCUGGGCCCUGGAAGGGAUGACUCUACUCAGCGACAUGGCUUCACUAGAGAUGGACAGAAUACAGCUGGAGCAGGGUGAGGUGUUGAGCGGGCUCGACAGCCUGUUAGAGGCAGGUAGAAAGGUGUUACUGGAGGCCAUUGAGAGCCAGUCUCACAUCGACCUCCCCAGACGACUACACCCCAGCAAGACCUACAGCUGGAGGACGAGGACAGACCCGCAGGAGCAGCUCUUCAGUAAGGUGUGUGUGGAGGUGUGUGACGGAGGGGAGUUACAGCACCGGAUCAGGUUAGCGGAGCUACAGAGGCAGUACAAGGACAAACAGAGACAACUGGACAAGCUGCAGAGACGCUCAGACACCCAAGAGGUUCAGCAGGAGGAGGAGAGGCGGAGUCUAACCAGACGUGGGCGGGGCCGACCCAGGAAGAGGAAACGUGUAACGACGCCCCCUGGCAAGAUGGAGUCCCGGACAGGAAAGCUGGGCAGGACAGUGCAGUACUCCGACGUGGGGGAUGGAGGGAGGAAGAGAUUCCACUGUUCCAGAGAGGAAGAUGAGAUGGAGGGAGGAAGAGGAGGAGAGAAGAGGAGAUGGCAAGAUCGGGAGCCGUCCACCAGUCACUCUCUGGAGGUCUUUAAGGCUCGUCGUGUCGGUCUGUGUGACCAUGAGCAGCUCGCCUGUGACCUGGACAGAGCUCUCUCCCUGUCCGUCCUCAGCAGCAGCAGCCGCCGGCUGACCUCUGACCCCAGCGGGAGGAGUGAUGGAGGGGGGAUCCUCUCGUCUGGAGGGAAAGAGAAGAUUAGAGGUGAGAGGAAGACGGUUUCUCCUCCUCUUCCUCACUCCUCUUCCUCUCAACGCUCCAGCUUCAACUACAACUCUGACUCUGAAGAGGAUGUCCCCGGGGAGGCUGUCACCCCUUCUCAGGGUUGCGACCCCACACAGCCCCGCCCAGGAAGAGACCGUCCCCCUCCUCGUCCAAUCAGGCGGCUCGGGAGAGGAAACAGAAGCACUUAUCCCUCCUGCUGCAGGAGGCGGGGCUUAGCUCCUCCGACGACUCCUUCGAUCAAGGUUACUGACCACACCCUCUGGUUACUGACCACACCCCCUGGUUACUGACCACACCCUCUGUGAUCUUUUCACUAAACGUUGAGAUGUUUUGCUGUAGGGAAUCUUGUAAUCUCUGUUACUAAACGUUGAGAUGUUUUGUUGUAGGGCAUCAUGUCAUCUCUAUUACUAAACGUUGAGAUGUUUUGUUGUAGGGAAUCAUGUCAUCUCUGUUGAGAUAGAGAUGUUUUGUUGUAGGGAAUCACAUCAUCUCUGUUAACGUUGAGACAGAGAUGUUUUGUCAUAGGGAAUCCCGUCAUCUCAAAACUGUAAGAUCUGAAUCAUUCUGAGUGUUUUCACCUCACUGACCUCACUUCCUGUUUUAUACUGACCACAGAGAGAGAGAGAGGGCUCUUACAGCUGUGACAUCACUCCCAGGCUCUUUAGAGUCCCAUUCCUCUUCCUGCCGCUGCUGCCUCCUGGUUUAGACUUGAUUUUUGUAACGGUUGUCACGGUUGCGGUUGUCACGGAUGCGGUUGUCAUGGUUUUGCCCGGCUUGUUGCUCAGACUGCUGUGGACUUUGUUUUGUACAUUGAUCAUGUGUGGAUGUGUGUUUCUAUAAAAAAAAAAAAAGUUGUG